CACUUGGCAGCAUUGUUUGAACAUGUUCUUUUUCUGGCGAACGCCAUUACUGUCUGGAGCAAAGGCAAAUUUUCUGUGCUUAAAAAAUGGCUGAGGUUGAAGAAAGUGUUGUCGAGAGCUUCGACGAACAACCACCAAUUGAAACUGAGGGCGCUGAGACUCUGUUAGAAACAAAUAUUGUUGCCACAACGGAAUUGCCUGAAAUUAAACUUUUCGGUCGUUGGUCAUGCGACGAUGUCACCGUAAAUGAUAUCUCGCUGCAGGAUUACAUUUCGGUCAAAGAGAAAUUCGCUCGCUAUUUGCCGCACUCUGCUGGCCGUUAUGCUGCCAAGCGUUUCCGCAAGGCUCAGUGCCCAAUUGUGGAGCGUCUGACCAACUCUCUGAUGAUGAAGGGUCGUAACAACGGCAAGAAGCUGAUGGCUUGCCGUAUUGUAAAACACUCCUUCGAAAUUAUUCACCUGUUGACAGGUGAAAAUCCACUACAGAUUCUAGUGAGCGCUAUCAUCAACUCUGGACCCCGUGAAGAUUCGACACGUAUUGGGCGUGCUGGUACUGUGCGCCGACAAGCCGUCGAUGUGUCGCCCUUGCGUCGUGUGAACCAGGCUAUCUGGUUGUUGUGCACUGGUGCCCGUGAAGCUGCUUUCAGGAACAUCAAGACCAUCGCCGAAUGCUUGGCUGAUGAACUUAUCAACGCCGCUAAGGGAUCAUCCAACUCCUACGCUAUCAAGAAGAAGGAUGAGUUGGAACGUGUAGCCAAGUCCAACCGAUAAGCGCUACAGUUGCACAUUCGUUUUUGUGUAUAUUUUUUACAAUUACAAAGAUGAUUUAUUAAAUAAACAAAAUAUAUGUAUAUGUAAAUCAGAA